GGUUGAUAAAGAAAAAUCACUGUCUUAUGUAUUGAACGGAACCCUUGAACCAGAAAUAAUUUUGAGAUCUAGUCUGUCUAAGAUUUGAACACUUUGAGAAACAAAUUUGGGAUAUUACUUGCACAACACAAAUACAGCAUAAACAUGAAUUACACCGAAGAAACAGUCGUUACCAUGCCAUUGGAGAUAAUUGAUAGCACGAACACAUCGAUCCAUGAGGAAAUAUCGUAUCCACUGUCACCAAAUUUGACGCUAUUCGAUCAAAAUGCCAGCAACAUCUCGAAUGGAAAUGAUUCAUUUUACACUUUCUAUUUUCGACGUAGAAUCCCUAAUAAGGAACAGGCGAUGGCACAAUUUGCAAUGGCGACGAUAUUUUGCUUUUUGUCAGUGUUAGCAAAUGUGCUUUCCAUUGUCGCAAUUUGUAGCAUCCAAGGCAGGAUUACGGCAAAUCACGCCCUCUAUAUCAACAUCUCUCUUGCUGACGCCUUUGGGGCAUUGGGAUGCUACAUGGAGAUUAUUUCAAAGGUGCAAAAUGUACUGAAUUUCAAGGGGACAAUCACAGUUUAUUUCUACACGACCGUUUUGGGAUAUUUCUUCUUCGUCCUAUUUUAUUUAAUCUCAGCACUAACUUUACUCUUCAUCGCAUCUCUUCGUUACAUAGCAAUAUGCUACCCAGUGUACUAUAACAGAAUAUGUACGAUGCAAAAUGUAAUGAUUGCCAUAGUUAGCAUUUGGGUCUGGUCAACGCUACUCAGUCUACCUGCAUGUUGUACGAUCAUUGAAAUAAUGCACGGCGGCAUUAUAAAGUCAGAACACUGCGAAUGGUGGAACUAUAUGUGGCCGAUAAUCAUUAUCGUUCUAUUCCUUCUCGUGCUCUCGCUCUAUAUUCACGUUUCCUGCCUUCUUAAGGCACGAUACAGGCGGAUUCGCUCCGAGCAACAGGCAAAGGACAACUAUAGAGCGUUUGUUACGACCGUCAUGCUAAUAACGUCCCUCUUUGUGAAUCUACUGCCGUUUAUGGUUAUUAAACUCAUCCGAUACCACGUGAGGAUUCACCAAGAUUUGUACUAUAACUUUAUAUAUUUCCUGCCCUAUUUGAACUUCAUUUCUGAUCCGAUCAUAUACGGAUCUCGUACAAAGAAUAUACGUGAGUCUUACAGACGGCUGUGUCUGAAGACCGUGUUUGGAAGGUGUGUAAAACACAGGGUAAGAUUCUCUGCUUUAGCAUCUACCGCCUCUACGGCGACUGCUAUAACAAAAACCGAAGAAACUAUAAUGUAGGGAAUCCGGAAACGAUCCUUUAAAGCCGGAAUCAUCCUUUUAAUUCGUCCUGCUGUACACCAGACUUUUCAAGGCGGGUAUAGCUGGGAGGGGAGGCAAAAUACUAACUUGAGGGGUUCGUUUGUAAGCCUCGGAGCUCUGGAAUUUUAGAAUUGAACUCUUGUAGCACCGGCGUUUACAUACGAAUAUCGUCAUUUGUGUUUAGAUGGAAGUGCCCGGAACGACGCAAACUAAUGGUGAAAUAUGAAUUUCUUGAAGAUAUGUGGAAUGUAUGAAUAUGGAAUAUUGAUAUUCCG